CAUAGGAGCGUGAAUACUGAAAGCUCGAGACUACGCGUGUAUUUCGUUUUGCGUUUCUUGUUUCCUCGGAGCAGCAGCUGACAGGGACACUGGCAGGGACGCUGACAGGGACACUGGCAGCUGGCGGCACGAGACGAUGCUCUGCGCUGCUGUCGAAGGCGCGCGAACGGGGGGUCUGUGGACAUGAGACGGUAUUAAUAGGACAGGCUUUGAGUGUCCCGUUCGCUUUGGUGGAGACGCGUCGGAGCAGGCAGCGAGGACCGGGCUGGCGUGUUGGUCUGGCGGGGCUCCCGAUACACGGAUUAAAGAAAUAAAAACGAGACCAUACGAGAAAAAAAAAAACAACAGCAACGCAGCGAGGAUUGAUCCGGAGGAGGCAUCAUGGAAGUACUGGCAGCGUUGAAUUUGGGCGAGAUCGCGCACACUUUCUCCAAAAUGGGGAUGUUUCCUGUCUUUGAUCUCGCCUAUUACAUCGUGUCGAUCCUGUAUCUCAAAUAUGAGCCAGGCUCAGUGGAGGUGUCCCGUAGGAGCCCUGUGGCCUCUUGGCUCUGUGCCAUGCUUUACUGUUUUGGGAGCUACAUUUUGGCCGACAUAAUGCUCGGACACAGCCCCGUCGACUACUUCCAACACAACAGCCACAUCCUGCUGGCCUCCGCUGUCUGGUACCUGAUCUUCUACUGCCCUCUGAACCUGUUCUAUAAGUGCGUGGCGUUCCUCCCGGUGAAGCUGGUGCUGGUGGCUCUGAAGGAGGUGGUCCGCACCAGGAAGAUCGCCGCCGGAGUUCACCACGCCCACCACGCCUACCACCACGGCUUCUUCAUCAUGGUCAUCGUCGGAUACGUCAAAGGCUCCGGGGUGGCUCUCAUGUCAAACUUUGAGCAGCUGCUGAGAGGAGUGUGGAGACCAGAGACCAACGAGAUUCUCAACAUGUCAUUCCCGACCAAGGCCAGCCUGUACGGAGCUAUCCUGUUCACCCUGCAGGAGGCGCACUGGCUCCCUGUGGCCAAGAGCACCCUCAUCCUGGGCUUCACCCUCUUCAUGGCCACCUCCAAGGUUGUGAUGACCGCUCGCCACUCCCACGGCUCCCCCUUCGCCCUGAUCGAGUCCUGGGUCUGCCACCUGCUGUUCGGCUCUCCUCUGGGGGGCGCCGAAGAGGACCACCACGCCCCCGCCCCCGCCUCCCCCCUCAAAACCAAGGAGGAGCUGAGCGAAGGAGCACGCAAGAGGAAGACCAAGAAGGCAGAGUAGGAUGCGAAACGGAAACAGCAGAAACGGCAUCUGAUUGGCCCUCACUGUGGUCACAUGACAGGACUUCCCAUUCCUUAUUUGGGAAAGGGGCGGGUUAUUGCCAAAUGAGACCCUUCCUAUUGGAGUUAAAUGGUGCUUCCUGUAUUUUACAUUUCACAGCACAAGGACUCAAACCCUGGACUUUCAAGACCUAUUUUUGGAUGUGUUUGUAGCAGGUUUUCCCUCUCCCCUUUUCCAACCAUACGUCAUUUUACAAAGAAAGUAAAAACAUAAAAAUAGCUGAAAAUUUUAACUUAAAAAUUUCGAAUGUGAACAAAACCUUAUGUGAAAAACCUUGAUGCUUUUUACAUAAAGACGAUUUGAAUAAAAUCAGACAAACAUUGUG